UUCCGUAGGCAGCAGGAGCGAAGGGACCUGCUCGCUGCCACAGCCUGAGAGCAUCCUUUUUCUUUGCUUUCUUAUCAUCCUCACCAAAACACAGCGGGCUGACGGAAAAUCAUGAGGAUAGCAUCUCUGCCUUCACCGGUUUGCGGUACAAUAUCGUUGCGGGCUACGUUAGCCGUUUGGCUAGCGUAAUGCUACACAACAUGAGGCUUUCCUCCUGAUGAAGAGCAGACAUAAUAGCCUGUCUGUGGGAAGGAGAAGAAUAUAGUUAUCCUUAGCACAGCGAGCUGGGCUCAGCUUCUAGCUUUUAGGGGUUUUAUUUUAUUUUUAUUUAAAUUUUUUUUUUUUUACAAACAUUUCUGACAGUUUUUUUAAGGUGUUAUUUUUCUUCUUCGGCUGAUGUGACUGAAUCCAGCGGUGCUCCAGUACAAGAAGAUGCACAGAUAAAAGUGUUCGCCUGACAACAUCAAGGUGCCUGAGACUUUCCUGGAUAAGUCUGUCUGAGUCUGACUGACCUGACCCCACAAGAAGAGGACAUCUCUACUGAGCCAUCAGCAGACCCUCAACACUACACUGAUGAAUGUUUGUCGGCAGCUACCACUACGCCAUCACUCGGAUCACUUAUCAGUUGGAAGUUUUAAGCAAACGUUGGACUAAUAGGUUGUUGCUUGACGAACCGGACUGGCUUUUCACAUCGGAAUAUUACACGGGUGCAGCAACAACUUGACUCUGGGAUAGUGUCUAACUCAACAUAUGAUCACAUGCCCAUAUCAGCAAAGAUUUAUCUGCAAUCGAGGCCUUAUGUCUUAGAUUACACUGAACUUAUUUGCUGUAUCUACAAUUAAGUCCGUCAGUGAACAGGUUCCUGGAUCGUCUCACUCAGGGAUUGAGGCUGAUUAAAACAUUUCAGUACUUUUGUCAUGCAGGGAAUCUGGGUCCGCACCAGAAACAAGCUGGCAUCUCAGACUUCAGGUGUAGCUGACUGUGUAGCCUCCCUGCCCUCAUCAAUGACCCCAUGACCCCUGCAGAAGUCAGAUAGUCCGGUAUCAGCUAACCACAUGUCCUUAUUAGAAAUUUAAUAGCAGCCGUCAGGAUGAGCGCAUGUCCGUAGCCACGCAACGCCAGCGUUGUCGAGGCUGGCGGACAUCUUCCUCGGCCAUGACCCGGCUGAUGUUGGGCCGGACUCUGGAGCGCAUCUGUAAAGGCGUCCUGCUGCUCUGCCUGCUCCACUUCCUCAUCAUGAUGAUCCUGUACUUCGACGUUUACACGCAGCGCUUCGACCUCUUCAGCCGCUUCAACAACGGCCGCAAUGGAUCAAGGAAUAACGCCAGCGGAGCAGCAGGGAAUGGACACCAUUAUUACUAUUACAACCUUUCCAGGCCCAACACCACGCUAGCCAGCUACCUGGCCACAGGGGAGCAGCUGGUGCCGAGUGCGCAGCCUGAGACCAAUCAGACACCUUCUCCCAAACCACUGCCGCCGUGCCCCGAGAACCCGCCCGGCCUUGUCGGGCGUUUGUUGAUCGAGUUCAGCUCCCAGAUGACGAUGGAACGAGUGCAGAAAGAAAACCCCAACGUGACGGAAGGAGGCCGCUACACGCCUCCUGACUGUCGGCCACGAUGGAAGGUGGCCAUCAUCAUCCCAUUCCGUCACAGAGAAAACCACCUAAAGUACUGGCUCCACUACCUCCACCCUAUCCUCAGAAGGCAGAAGAUUGACUACGGCAUCUACAUCAUCAACCAGUUGGGUGAGGACACCUUCAACCGUGCCAAGCUGUUGAACGUUGGCUACACGGAGGCUUUGAAGGACGCAGAGUACGACUGCUUCAUCUUUAGCGACGUGGACCUGAUUCCGAUGGAUGACCGCAACCUUUACCACUGCUACGACCAGCCAAGGCACUUCGCCAUCGCCAUGGAUAAGUUUGGCUUCAGGCUGCCCUAUGCUGGCUACUUUGGAGGAGUGUCAGGCCUCAGUAAAAAACAGUUUCUGAAGAUCAAUGGCUUCCCCAACGAGUACUGGGGCUGGGGAGGGGAGGACGACGACAUCUACAACAGGAUCACUCUGAACGGGAUGAAGGUGUCCAGGCCAGACGUUCGCAUCGGCCGCUACAGAAUGAUUAAACACGAGAGAGACAAACACAACGAGCCCAACCCACAGAGAUUUAAUAAAAUCCAGAACACGAAGAACACUAUGAAGAAGGACGGCAUCAGCUCUCUGACCUACAAAGUGCUUCAGGUCAAGAGGUACCCUCUGUACACAAAUAUCUCUGUGGAGAUUGGCAAACCACCGCCCCGGCCUAUUAAGGGCUAGAGACAGACGGAGAGGAAGACGAGGGAGUCGACGCACACUGACUGGAGGGAAAAAUAUGGGAAGAAGAGAGCUUAUGAGAGGGAAAUAAAGAGAUCACAAAUCUAAGACAUCUGGAAGGAUGAUGGAAUGAAAGAGAGGAAAAAGUUACAAGCACAUUAUGGUCUCUUUCUCCCUCUCGACCCCUCUCUCUGUUUUGAUUUUUUUUUUUUUUUUUUUUUUGGAUUUCAGCUUGCCAUUUCUGGAUCCAGGACUCAGGCUCUUUGUAACUUUUUCAAGCAGCCAGUGGCUUCACGCCUCCUACCUUUACCAAUCAGUGACUUCAGAAUUUUAAGAGUGGGGACCAAAGCUGGGAUAUCAGUAGCCGACCAAAGGUUGGCGUCAGACUUGGAGGCUGAAACUUGGAAUCUUUCCAUUAACAAUCUUUUGUAAACUGGAGGACAUCCAGUGGCAUAUCGAUGGAGGAUAUUGACAGGAGCUAUUGUCAGGGGAUUAGAGAUCAGACAAUGACAUCAUUUGAAACUUUGGAAAGUUUUCAUGGCCUGUUUUGAAACACUGGACAGUAUCAAGUGGGAUUUCUUGGAAUAUCUGACCAAGUUCAUAUAAGCAGAAUGAAAUGGGCUGUUUACAUGGAUACAAAGAUGGAUACGAGACGUGGUACCUGCUGGUUUGGGAAUGACAUAUGAGCGGACAGCAAACCUUAAAAACGCCAUCAAACAUUUUACUUUCUGAGCAGUGAUGAUCAAGAGAAUGGGGAUUUCUAUUAGAGGCAAACUUUAACUAAAUAUGACAGGCAGUGAUGCUUCACUGAACUGUAUCUGAUGGACUGCAUAUCGAAGAAAACAUCUGACUCUUAUCUUGACAAAUGAUGCUAAUGGACGAUUUGAUAUUGACGUCUUUGUCAGGGAGUUUGGAUCUAAUUACUCAAUCAAAUCCUCCUCCGGUAUCAAUUAAUGAAUGUGUAUUGUGCCUGCAUUUACAGUGCUGGGACACGCUGAUAAAACAUGUUCAUCAGCAGCAACAAACUCCAGAGAACUCUCUUUUUGUUCACUUUUAUACAUAUAUAUAUAUGUAUAUAUAUACAUAUAUAUAUAUGUAUAUGUAUGUACUUUGGAAACCUGGCUUAUUGGAGUAAUGGAAAAGUUUUGCAACAAAAGUAAAUAUAUUGAAGACAUGAAGAGUUUUCUCCUGUUCUGGAUGCAGUGUUGUGGAACUACCUUGGGAAUGCAUUUAAAAUCAAAUCAAGGAACUGAAGACAGCAAGGCAGAUAGAUACACUGACAGCUCAGUUGUGAUUUUAACCCCAUGUGGCACAUAUUGGAGAUUAGGUUUCUGGAAGCUUUGUUUCUAUCACUCCCCUUAACAGAUUAAAGGUUUAUUUUGGUAAUCUGGACCUUAAAUGUACAUAUUUGUCUCUACGAGAUCUAAAUGGCUUGAGGUACAUUCAUAUUCCUGAAGGUGCUGGUUUGAUUCAGUAAAAAUAUGCAUUUUCAAUUAGAAAAUUGGACAUUUACCACAUUUUCUGAACAUAUAUGGGACACAAAGGGGUUAAACUGAGCUGUAAGAAUAGAAUUAUGGCUCAUGCUUUACAGGAAAAAGUGUUGUGGAUACAUAAGCUUCAAACAUUUACACUGAAUCCACAGACAAGCCGAGCUGAAAAGUACUUUUGGAGGUCAAUUUUUAGCUUACAAUGUAACCUGAACGUCAAAGUUUUUUUUAAGUAUCACAGUUCAUUAAAACUCUAUUGCUACUGUUAUUACGCCAUUUUCUCUCUCUGCUAUCUUUUUCUUUAGAUCUUUAAGAAAAAGAUGAUUAUAUCCGGAAAGAGGAAAUUAGAAGGUGAUAGUCUUCUGUCUGUGGAAAUUGUGAAUUUUAAGGCAGUAAUGAGAAGUUAUCCUUUGAGCAGUUUGACUGACAUCUCUAUGGCUGCUUUAGAUUUUAUCAUCAUCAGCUGUCACUUUUCUAUUUACGUCUAUUUUAUCACACUUUCCGAUUUCAUAAAUUAAUCAAGCAUUGUGAGGUUCGUUUUUUAUUGAAGCUGUUAUUUUUAUUUGAGUUUCAUAACUUUCCCUGUGUGAAAAAUGAACAACUUAAUCUGCGUACAGAAGCCUUUGACUGUUUUAUGCUUUGAUACAUCAGUCUUUGUCCUUUGUUUUAUUUUUCCUUGUCUCUACUGUUGAUGCUGUUACUGUUGACGCCUAAACACCAAACCGAUGCCUUCAGAAGUUAUCGUUACUAAAGGGGCAAGGAAGCUUAUUUUUGAUUUAAAGGUCAUAUUGGGGUGUAAAAUCUGUUGAUGAAGAUGUGUGCUCGUAAUGGGUAAUACAGAAACUAACCCAUGUUUGCUUCAGUUUAAAAAACACACAUCAAAGGUUCAGUGUGUAGGAUGUAGUGGCAUAUAUUUUGUUUUUCCAACGCAUUCUCACUCCAACCUUUCCAUGUCCACAUACGACAUGUAAGGUACCCUGGGUGUGUUGGUUAUUGACGCUCUGGGACGCUUUGUCAAGUUCUGCCUGUUACAUGCAUUGUCUUCUUUCAAGAUACACUUCUGUUUUCACAGGAAAUUGAACGUCUUCAUACAGUCUCCUUCAAAAUCAGUGCACUACGUCUGUACCUGUUUUUUUCCUUCAACAACAAACUCACAUGGUUGGGUUUAGAAAAAAGAACAGGGUUUGGCUUUAGAAUCUUACGGGACACCAACACCGCUUUCUUGGGUGAAAGUCGGUGUUUGUUGAACCCAUCCACCACCAGUCCCGCCCCACCCCAGUUGGAGUUUCGCUGCCUUAACUUUCAUCAUUGUCCCACCAUAUUCCCCCCGAUGCCGUUGGGAGCUGUUAAACUAUAACAGCAACCGGCCACGUAUCAUACCAACGUCAAAGAACGCCUUACUCCGUUGGUCUCUGAUGCCACAAGUCAGAUUUUGACAACUUCAGAGUGAGACCAAGCUCGUUUUUCUAUCCAUCUACAUAGGGAGUAGGUCCCUGUCCACGGAGUCCACCAUGUUUCUACAGUAGGCCAGAACAGACAAACCAAACUAAAACUAACUACCAACAAUAGUUAGCAGCCACUCCUUGAUUAGACCGUCUGGAAAUAACACAAAUAUUUUAAUGCAAAACUCUGUGUACUUCGGUGUUUUUACUUCUUUAAAUCACCAUGUGCUUUUGUUUUGAAGGGAAAGAGAUCUUUGCAGAUAAUUUGGCUCCUGUUAGGAAUCUUCUGAACAACGAACACUGAAGGAAUCCUUUGGGAGAAAUUUUAGCUGGUUGAAAUUUGCAACCUUGCUAUAUGCCACUAAAUCCUACACAUUGCUCCUUGAAGAUCAUAAAAAAAUUAAACUAUCUCUACCUAUCUUUGAUCUUUGAACAGACAGAAGAUUUGUGUGCAAGUUUGUAACUGUUUUGUAUCAUUCAGAACAAUUUUAGGGCUUUUAUUUUGUACAUUGUUGGCCUCCUCUUUGGUCAGCCUUGAGGCAAAAAUGUUCCCAUCUGUUUGGCUCAGCAUUACCUUCGCCUUGGGUCUGUUGAAAGGUUUGAUUACUCCUCACACGCACACACGCACACACGUACACACACACACACACACACAUGCAUUCACACUCUCCCUUUUUUCUUUGCAUUAUCUCCCCUUUUAUUGCCUUUUCUUUCUUACUCUGCCAGUCCAGGCUGUAUGUGUCAAUGGCACUCCGUUGUGCUUCGUGGUGGGCCUACUUCAAGCACAGCUGUGUCUCACAAGAGUGCUUCUUCUUUCAAUAGAUAUCGACAGAGCCUCUCUUUGUGUCUCUGAAUCUGUGCCACUUACUGUAUCUUUUUUUUUUUAUCUCAGUACACAUCCUCAUUUGUGAAUCCUUCUGCGUCUCCCCUUCUCUCAUUCUCUCCCUCACUUUAUCUGAUUCCCCUUUUCCUUUUCACCCUCUGCUGAUACUUAUUUCCAGAGUGCAGAGCUCUCCUGGUGAGUUUGAGUGUCCUCAGUGGGCAAACUACCUACGGAGAGGUCAAUACAGCCCCUUCUCUAUACUGUUUACAGCUCACCCAGUGCAAUAUUACCAAUUUGUUCACAUCUGCCACAUAUGCCACUUUAAGCUUGUGUUUUCAUGUGGGAUCUGAGGUAGUUAAUGUUUGAAUGCAGUCAUGUUUUUUCCAGAUAGAUUUCCUUAUUAUUUGCCUCCAAUCAGCUUAUUGAUUUGAAAUCCUUGUAAUCAGUACAGAGGCGACAAAAUGGCAGCUCUUGCUUUGAUUUUUCCCAUCCAUACAGUAUUUAAGCACCUUGGUGAUUUAGUGUUUACUUGCAUAAAGUGGGGUGACUUGAAAAAAAAAAAAAGGAAUGGUCAAAAUUGCAGCAGCAGAGGCCGAGAUAUCCUGACUUUCAGUCCCUAUUCUGGGUCAAGCUCCAAACACACUGGGUCUUACAUUCUCCAUAAUUCAUCUUAAUAGUGUCUCAUAGCGUUGCGAAGUUGGAGGAGCCAUUUCAGGCGUAAAAGUCAAAGUCUCAUUCAUUUUUUCCCAUAGACAAUGUUAGAUGAUUCACAAUUGGGGCUCACUCUCUCUUAACAGUGGAUGAAUUUAAAAAAAAUUGUCCCCAUUUUGUCACUUAGAUACAAAAACAUGGGAAACUAGAGUCCAGGCUGAAAGAUACCAAAGUUUUUUACUUUAACAAUGGCAUUAGAAAUACCAGAUUCUUUCAUAAAAAUUUAUAACUAGGUGACUUUCUACAUAGAAACAUUGGUGGGGCCAUUAACUACAACUCCCAGUGUGCGUUUUGGCACGAAACAUCUCAUCACAGGAAGCAGAAUUCUCCAAUCUGCAGUUGAAGUAAAUUCAUUUUGGAUUUUUGCUUCAGUUAUGGACAAAUUUGUUAACAAUGGUGCUGUGUUUUGGUCACAAAUUCAAAGGGAGGAAAGAUACUCCUGGAACCAGUUGCUCCUUCCGCUUCACAACUCUGUUGGACUCUCUUUUCCUCCUAAAUGCCCUCUUCCAAUCCCCACACCUCUAGUUUAUAAAGUAAGCUUUCUCGUAAACAAAAUCAGGUCUCAAGAGCAAGCUGAGAUAAGCCUGACGACCUGGGUUUUUUUUUUGGUUUUUUUUUUUUACUUCUGAAAGCUCCUUCCACAGAAUUAUACAGCUGUUUUCACAGGCUGAGUAUCACUCCUCAUAACCUCUAAAUCAGACUUUAAAGAAGAUCAACUUUUGCUUCAUCAUGACUACUUUGAACAAUUGCAGGCAACCCCUUAUAAGUCAGUUACAAGAAGAAAAGUACAAGCUGAGGAGGAUAUAGCCAGAGAAGCCCCAGUGUGUAUAAACAGUAUCAUGGGAUAGAGAUGUAAAAGAUCAGCAACAGCAACUUCAGCAAAAAUUGUGUUUGAAACGUUUCUUUUACUUAAGCAUAAGAACAACCAUGAGGAGCGCUUGAUGUUUCUUAAUGGACUCUUGACUUUUGAAGCUGUUCCAGUUGUCGAGCGCACCUCAGGUGGUGGUGAAGUAUUCGAAAAACAUUUCAAACACAUUAUUUUGCUGCAGGGAGCAGACAGGACUUUCAGGCCUGUGGGCGUUUUUAAAAAUUUACUGUAUCUCUAGCUAUGUUUUUUUGUACAUUGAAUGUUGAAAAUGUUAUAUCUUAUAUAGAAUGCAUUACGUCAUA